AAAAGAGAAUAAGUUCAAAAAGAAAGAAACCAGCCCAGAUUGUAAUGGAAGUAGCAGCAGCAAUAAGAACAAGAACAACAACAACAACCAUGCCUUCUUGUUCAUCAAUUUAUAACCCUAUAAAUUUCUCAAAAUCCAUUUCAAUUUCUCGUCUCUCAAGAUCACAAGCGUCAUCAUCUCGUUAUUUUCAUUUGUUUUCUUCUUCUGUUUCUUCAUUUCUGAACCUCCAUUCAAAUCUCAAUAAACAAACAAAUAAUUCAAAAUUCAUUGUUAGAAAUGCUACUACAAGUAGUAUCAGUAGUAGUGGUAAUAAGGAACCAAAAAUUUCAGCAAAACCCUCAUCAGAACUUCGCAAAAGAAAACCUAAUAAUAAAGAUAUAGAUGAUGAUAAACUUAUUGCUCUUCGUCAAUUGUUUUCUAAACCUGGAAUUGGUAUCGAUGCUUAUAUUAUUCCUUCCCAAGAUGCCCACCAGAGUGAGUUUAUUGCUGAAUGUUUUAGUCGGAGAGCUUAUAUUUCUGGGUUUACUGGUAGUGCUGGAACUGCUGUUGUUACUAGAGAUAAAGCUUCUCUCUGGACUGAUGGCCGUUAUUUCUUACAGGCAGAGAAGCAGCUUACAGCUAGUUGGAUUCUUAUGAGAGCUGGAAAUUAUGGAGUUCCUACAACCACUGAGUGGCUCAAUGAUGUUUUGGAUCCUGGUUGCAGAAUUGGCAUCGACCCCUUUCUUUUUUCUUCUAAUGAGGCAGAGGAAAUUAAAGAAGAAAUUUCUAAGCAUAAUCACGAGUUGGUUCCUUUGUAUGAUAUAAAUCUUGUGGAUCAAAUCUGGAAAGAAUCAAGGCCAAAACCUCCCAUGGAACCUAUCAGAGUGCAUGAAAUCAGAUAUGCUGGUGUGCAUGUCUCAGCAAAAUUGUCGAACUUAAGAUCAGAUCUUAUUGAAGCUGGCUCUUCAGCUAUUGUUAUUACUAUGCUUGAUGAAAUUGCUUGGCUGUUGAACUUGAGGGGAAACGACAUUCCACAUUCGCCAGUGAUGUAUGCAUAUCUUAUUGUGGAGAUUGAUGGGGCUAAAUUGUUUGUUGAUAAUUCUAAAGUCACCCCUGAUGUGCUGGCUCACUUGAAGAGUUCAGGAGUUGAACUGAGACCUUAUGACUCCAUUCUUUCUGAAAUUGAAAGUUUGGCGAACCAAGGGAGACAACUAUGGAUGGAUACUUCACGAGUGAAUGCUGCAAUUGUCAGCACCUUCAGGUUUGGUAAGAAUAGAGCUUCUGCGGAUAUUGGUUAUAAAGGCAAAGUUAAAGCUGGACGACAUGAUAAGUCUGAUGGUGAUGCUGGAAGACCUGCUGGGUUGUGCAAAGUUUCUCCAAUUACAUUGGCGAAGGCAGUGAAAAAUUAUGCUGAGCUGCAGGGGAUGCGGAAUUCACAUUUGAGGGAUGCGGCUGCUCUAACACAGUUUUGGUCUUGGCUGGAAGAGGAAAUCCGUAAGGGAGCGGUACUGACAGAAGUAGAAGUUUCUGAUAAACUUCUCGAAUUCCGCGCAAAGCAGGAUGGUUUCCUGGACACAAGUUUCGAUACUAUUAGUGGUUCUGGUGCUAAUGGAGCUAUCAUACACUACAAACCUGAGCCAGAGUGCUGCGAUGUUGUGGAUGCUAAAAAACUCUUCCUAUUGGACAGCGGUGGUCAAUAUAUUGACGGUACAACGGACAUAACAAGGACAGUACAUUUUGGUGAGCCAACUUCACGACAAAAAGAAUGCUUCACCCGAGUAUUACAGGGCCAUAUAGCUGUUGAUCAGGCAGUGUUUCCUGAAAAUACUCCCGGCUUUGUGCUGGAUGCACUGGCUCGUUCUGCUCUAUGGAAAGUCGGACUUGAUUACCGACAUGGAACUGGCCAUGGUGUAGGAGCUGCACUAAAUGUCCAUGAAGGUCCUCAAAGUAUAAGUUUUCGAUUUGGGAAUAUGACUCCAUUGCAGAAGGGCAUGAUUGUUAGCAAUGAACCUGGGUAUUAUGAAGAUCAUUCUUUCGGCAUUCGUAUCGAGAAUCUCCUAGUUGUGAAGGAAAUUAACACACCUAACCAUUUUGGAGGAAUAGGAUAUCUGGGAUUUGAAAACAUCACUUUUGUCCCCAUUCAGGCUAAACUUGUUGACCUAUCACUGAUGUCUGCCGCUGAGGUUGAUUGGCUCAAUGAUUACCACUCACAAGUUUGGAAGAAGGUUUCACCGUUGGUCGAAGGUGGUGCUAGUAAAUGGCUAUGGGACAACACACAACCACUUGUUAAACCAUAAACUCUACAUUUGUUCUCUAUUAUCUAAUUGAUUACUUGGAUUCAUUUAUCUUCGGAAUGUUGCUGUUUUAUAUCGUCAAACCUCAUAUGUAAUAUAAGCUUCAGAUGAUAUCUGUCUUGAAGAAACUCUUGUAACAUAACUGGUUUUGUGAGCGUUGUUGUAUGAGGCCGUAUUAUAAUGUUAGAUUUGGACCUAAUUCAGUGUUCUCUUUUGAA